GGAUCUCUUCCUGGAUAUCGCUCUCCAUGGAGUUUUUGCAAGCCUACACCACUGUGGGAUGCAGAAGGAAAAGUGAUGCAGAAUGAAAACUGGAAGGAUUUCCAAGGAAAGAAAGAAUGACAGAGCCUGUAGAUGAAGACUUACCUACAUGUUAAUGAGUAAAAAUCUGACCAGCAGGGCUUCUUACUGGAAAUGAGAGCUGGACUGUGGGACGGAUCAUGCAAUCAUAGAAUAUCCUGAGUUGGAAGGGACCCACAUGGAUCAUUGAGACCUCCAACACCAUACUUGUCAUUAGCCAUGGAAGCAAAGAAUGGAAUUGAGACACAGGUGUGACAACAAAAGAACAGAAAAAGAAAGAAAUCCCUCAAAAAGAAAGAGAAAAAGAAGGGAAAAAAAAAAAAGCAACAGCAAAGAAGGAAGACUCAGAUAUUCUGUCAGGUAUGUUUGUGUUGGGUUUUUUCCCAAGGUUUUGUGAAAAUGCGUUUGCUUAAAAGGAAAAUCGGUUUUAUUAACUUCUCUGUAGAAUUAAUAUUUAUCCGUAGGAAAUGCAGCCUCCUCUAAUUUUGGCUGUUUAUCUCUGUUCAUUCUGUGUGUGUGUGAGUGAAAUCCUGUACCCACUGAGCUCACAGGAAAUUAUAUGAUACCUGGGUCCCUAAAGCAGGAACCUGAAUGCUGCAGCAGGAUGCAUGAUUGCUGAUGUCCAGAAUAUCCGAUGUGAUAUAUGACUUGAAGAGGAGCCACAUUUCUUCUGUAAAAGAAAUGAAAUAAAAGGAGAGAAACAUACUGGUGUUCCGAGCAGUAGUGACAGGACGAUCCUGAGUGAACAGAAGAUGAAUCAGUGGAAGAAACCAGCCUGCCAAACUGCUCCAGGAACCUCUUCUAAGUGCCCGCAGAGGAACAGAUGCCCUUGCAGUGGAAGCAUGAUGUCAAAACUGACUGCUGAGGUCUCACACCAAAGGCUGUUUUCCUCUUGAGACCUGAGACAAGUCUCUUCUAAGCCACACUUGCUGUUGUGUUUCCUAAAACAAAAGAAAUCGUUGAGGACCUUGAACUACCUGAAAGAAGGUUGUAGUGAAGUGGAGGUCAGACUCUUCUCUGAGCACAUUGGCCUUACUGCACAUAAGAACAACUCUUUCCGCUGAUGUUUUUUCACCUGCUCUGGAUAAAGCCUGAGAUACACCCUCAGUGACACUCCUGGGUUCUCCUUUUCCUUUCUGCUUUGGUGCAGAGGUGAAAGUAUCACAAGACAGUGAGAAAUGGAUGGAUUUACUUGACACAAAGAGAAAAUGCUGCUCUGCCAAAAUCAACUUUCUGAUGACAACAGCAGGACCAAAAAUUUGACUCAGGUGGUGUUGCUUUUUGUGUCAUUCAGUCACUAUGAGAAGGAGAGCAUUAAUUCCCAGAACAUUUAUACGCUAUUUACAAAAAAUACAUUAAGGCCAAGAAGGAGAAUUUUCAGAAACAGCAGACUGACCUGAGACUGGAAACGAAGAUAUGGAUAAGUUCCAGAUCACUUCCUUGAGUGAUAAAAGAGAGAAACUUUUUACCGCUUCCACUCUUGACUGCUCUAUUGGUGUAGAGGUCCUCUGCCAGAUUAUCUGCACAGUGUGUGGAAGAAGAAGAAUGGUGUAACAAAUGGAACUCUCUGCAAAAAAAACGUUUAUUGAGCACUUUGAACAAGCACCAAUGUAUGUUGCUGUUCUUACGUUUGUGGGUUUUGGAGUGGGCACAGUAUUUGGCUACCUGCGAGAUUUUAUGAGAGCCUGGGGACUAGAAAAGCGUAACGUUGCACAAGAGAGAGAACAACAAAAAGAUUUUGUGCCACUUUAUCAAGAUUUUGAGAACUUUUACACCAGAAACCUCUAUGUGAGAAUACGUGAUAACUGGAAUCGUCCAAUUUGCAGUGUCCCAGGGCCACAGUUUGACCUCAUGGAACGCGUUACAGAUGAUUACAACUGGACAUUUAGGUUUACAGGAAGAACUAUCAAGAAUGUAAUCAAUAUGGGUUCUUAUAACUACCUCGGCUUCGCAGAAACAGAUCCUAAUGCUUUGAAAACUGUAGCCAAAGAACUACAGAGAUACGGAACAGGAAUCUGCAGUACUAGACAGGAAAUGGGGACCCUAGACAAGCAUGUAGAACUGGAGAAUCUUGUGGCCAAGUUCCUAGGUGUGGAAGAUGCUAUGGUGUUUGGCAUGGGAUUUGCAACAAAUUCAAUGAAUAUUCCAGCACUUGUUGGGAAGGGUUGCCUCAUUCUAAGUGAUGAAUUGAACCACACUUCUCUCGUUCUUGGUGCAAGGCUUUCAGGUGCUACUAUUAGAAUCUUCAAGCAUAAUAAUAUGCAGAGUCUUGAGAAGUUAUUGAGAGACGCAAUAGUAUAUGGCCAGCCUCGAAGCCGCAGAGCAUGGAGGAAAAUUAUCAUUCUUGUGGAAGGCAUUUACAGCAUGGAAGGGUCCAUUGUACGGCUGCCAGAGAUAGUCUCCUUAAAGAAUAAAUACAAAGCCUACCUCUAUUUGGACGAAGCUCACAGCAUUGGUGCAGUGGGAGCAACAGGACGAGGAGUUGUGGAGUACUUUGGUAUGAAUCCCAAUGACGUUGACGUAUUAAUGGGAACAUUCACAAAGAGCUUUGGUGCAGCUGGAGGAUACAUAGCUGGCAAAAAGGGCCUCGUGGACUUUUUACGAACUCACUCUCACAGUGCUGUGUACGCCACAUCCAUGUGCCCACCUGUGGCAGAGCAAAUCAUAAGAGCGAUGAAGUGUCUCAUGGGGUUAGAUGGAACAACGCAAGGGCUCCAGAGAGUGCGUCAGCUAGGGAAAAACACGAGGUACUUCAGAAGAAGACUGCACGAAAUGGGCUUCAUCAUCUAUGGCAAUGAUGAUUCUCCUGUGGUCCCAUUACUCCUUUAUAUGCCUGGUAAGAUAGGGGCUUUUGCAAGACGCAUGUUAGAAAAAAAUAUCGGGGUUGUUGUAGUUGGGUUUCCAGCUACUCCCAUCACAGAGUCCAGGGCUCGGUUUUGUGUGUCAGCUGCACAUACACGGGAGAUGUUAGACACGGUUUUGAAUGCUCUGGAUGAAUUGGGUGAUUUUCUACAUCUGAAAUAUUCACGGUAUUCCAAGUCAUCUCAUCCUGAACUGUAUGAAGAAACUCGGUUUGAAUUUGAAGAUUAAGUUUUCCGCCCAUGAAGAGAACAUUAUGAUGCUAUGAAAGGGGGGAAAACCCAAAAACCAAAUAUGAAUGCAUUUCUUCCCUUCUAAGGACAAUUUUUGUUUCUCAGUUAAUUGAAAGAAGGGAAAGCUUGGUUUUUGCAUUUUAUUGUAUCAAAUUUCUGUAUUUAAGAGACUGAAAUAUUGAUACAGAUUUGCCUCCCAGGAGAUCUGUUCUUCUUAUGGUAUUUUUAUGCAGAAUGACUGCAUCCAUUGAUCAUGUUGCUAGCGUACAGCUUUUGUUAUGGCCCCUUUUUAUGAAGAGGCUUCAGAUAGUCCUAAUUUUGACUGAAAGAAUAAAGGUUAAAAAACAAAUGGAUCCAGUGUAGUAUGGCAAUAUAACUGAGCUUCAUCAGUGAAAUUGAAUUCUGUCUGCUGAAGAGCAUAAAUCGAGACAUCGCUGUGGAUUGCUACAGAGCAGAAAGUGACCUCUUCACUAAUUUGCCCUAUCGUGCCUUUUUCCGGGGACAAAAAAAAAGUUAGAAGGCAGCUAAUGAUGAGAACAAGAAAAGUUACCUCAUCAGAUAUUUCUGACAACAGAUUAAGGGAAAGGGGAAUGUCUCCUCUCCUCCACAGACCCUUUCUCUGCCACUUCAAUAUACUGUAAGCCUCAUAUACAAAAGUUGGGGCUCAGAAAUAAAUAAAUGCUUUUAUUCUAAUGCAUUUGACCCACAGCCUUCCCCAUCUUAUCAUGACGAGAGCUCCUCAGCAGGCUUGCUCCCUUUUCAUGUAGCAGCAGUAAAUAAUUUUAAUAACCAUUUAACUUUCCCGUAAAAGCCUUGAUCAAAACAGUCAGAUACUCGCUGUUCACAAACUGCAGAUGACAUUUAUGGGCCCAUUCCUAAGUUUCCUGAACUACUUAUGGGCUUAAUAAAUUCACUAACAAGUACAAAAUGCCCAAGCUGUUAGUUGUACAGAAUGUGACGUUCAGGAUACCAUGAGCAGUUCUCCCACCUGUUAAAUUGAGAGCUCCGCCAUUCCUAACUGUGCUAAGGUCACCCACUUCAUAACAUUUCUAGAAGUGUUCUUGUCUGGUUUAUGCGUGUCAAGGGUUGUUUUGCUUGUCGAGCUGCAGGCUUUUUGAGUGGUUUAUUUUUGAAAUAAUUGAUUAUGUCAUCUGAGAGGAAGACGUCCUUGUUCUCCUUUCCGCUGCUCAAGUGACAAAUGCUCAGAGACACUUGGAGGAAAUGUUAUAGUCUGCAGCUUCCCUGCAACGCCUUCAGCAGCAGAAGAUCAGCCUCGUGUGGGCUGGGUAGUUGGAGGGAGAUUGUAGCUUUUUCCCUUUUCUGUGGUGUUGAAAAGUGGUUCUGCAGCUUUAAGAAUGAACUCCAAACCAUUCCACACUAUCAAAUGUCAUUGUAAAUACAUCAGAUGAGAGAUGUUUAGGUUUCUGUUGCACAGAUGUACCACACUUUCAUGUUCUCUUGAAAGCUGUGGUGUAAACUUAACCCACAGCUGCAAUAUUAGAUUUAAGAACAGUACAAUUAAAUUGCGGAGUACCAAUUACACUAUAUUACUCUCUGCUUGUUAAAGCUGCUUUCAGGAUAUAACAAGGCUGAUUGGUUAUGAGGGGCCACUUUUUGUUGGGUUUUUGUUGUUGUUGUCAUGCAAGUUAAUAAAAAUCCAGUGGUGCUAUAACUUUAA